AUGGUUCUUAAAAUUGGUUCCGGUGAUAUUGACGAUUUAUCUACGUUAAAUGUACUCGAUACAGAAAGUUUAUUGCGAGAACUUCGUGCUCGAUAUAAAAAAGGAACAAUUUAUACGUAUAUUGGAGAUGUUCUAAUUGCUAUAAAUCCCUUUAAGCAAUUAAAUAUUUAUGAAAAACAACAACAUGAUUUGUACAAAUAUGUCAAAUGUCGUAGUCAAUUAAGUCCACAUAUAUUUUGGGUUGCUGAUCAAGCAUAUCGUAAAUUAUGUUUAUCAAAUCGGCCACAAUGUAUAGCUGUUUCGGGAGAAUCGGGAAGUGGAAAAACCGAAUCAACAAAAUUAAUGGUUUCCCAUAUAAUUCAAGAAUGUUCAAGUGAUGCCGGUGAUCGAGAAUUGCAAAAACGUAUUAUCGAGGUAAAUCCUCUGCUCGAAGCAUUUGGAAAUGCUCAAACAUGUAUGAAUAAUAAUUCGUCACGAUUUGGCAAAUAUUUACAACUUAGUUUUACCGAUGAUGGACGGAUUGUUGGAGCAAAAGUGUUUGAUUAUUUAUUGGAAAAAUCGCGUGUUGUUCAACAUGGACCCGGUGAAAGAAACUAUCACAUUUUUUAUUAUAUGUUUGCUGGUUUAGAAAAAGAAUCAUUAGAAUAUUAUUAUUUAGAUAAUCCAGAACAUUAUAGAAUAUUGAAAGAUCCAUGUGGUGGAAAAGUAUUUCCAAGUCGAACAGAUUAUAGACAUUGUCGACAAAGUUUUCAUACACAAAAGGAUAUUAUGAGGCGUGUUGGAUUUACAAAUGAAGAUACAAAUAUUGUGUUUACACUGUUGUCAGCCAUACUACAUCUUACAAAUAUUCGAUUUUCUCAUGAUGAUGAAACAGAUGGAGUAUUUAUUGAAGAUGAAUAUCCACUUGAAGUUGUCUGUACUCUAUUGGCACUCGAUCAAGAAAUUCUUACCAUGGCAUUAAUUUCAACAUUCAGCACAACUAAAGGUGAACGCGUGAUUAGUUUAAAAAAUUUUGAUCAAGCUAAUGAUUGUCGUGAUGCGUUGGCCAAAGCAAUGUAUGAAAGAUUAUUUGAUUGGAUUGUAAAACAAAUUAACGAUCUAUUACAACCUAAUAAACAGCACAAAUAUUUUGUCGAUGAAGUACUUCAUACGACCAUUGGUAUAUUGGAUAUGUCGGGUUUUGAAAAUUUUCAAGUUAAUAGUUUUGAACAAUUAUGCAUUAACGUAGCAAAUGAACAUCUACAGUAUUACUUCAAUGAGCACAUAUUUUUACAUGAAGAAAUAGAUUAUAAAUUAGAGGGUGUACCAUUUGAAAAAGUGGAAUUUCAAAAUAAUGAAGAUCUUAUUGAAUUGUUUAUGGGUCCAUUAGGUAUAUUUGCAUUAUUAGACGAAGAGUCACGUUUUCCGAAAGCAAAUGAUGAAUCAUUGGUACAGAAAUUUCAUAUACAUUGUAAAACUCAUAAACGUUACAUAAGACCAAGAGGAAAUGAAACAGCAUUUGGAAUUCAUCAUUACGCUGGCAAAGUUGUAUACGAUGCUCGAGGUUUUUUGGAGAAAAAUCGAGAUAAUUUGAGCGCUAAUUUGAUUGAAUGUAUGGAAAAAAGUGGAAUAGAAUUGAUAAGUGAUUUAUUUUCAAAUGAUAAACAAUCAUCAAGUCCAUCGUCAAAUUCGUCAUCCAAUGUUAAAAAUAAGUCUGCAUCAAUGCAUCCAGUUAGACGACCAAAAUCUUUUGAAAUUGAACGUGUUAAAGAAAACUUUAGUCAGAAAACAGCAAAGUCAUUAAGACAAGAAUCAAGACCAUUUAAAACAAAUACAAUUCAAAAAGAAAGAUUUAGUCAAAAUACUGUUGCUUUACAUUUCAAGACUUCUCUGGCUGAAUUAUUGGAAAAAAUGAAAGAUGCAGAACCAUCAUUUGUACGGUAA